AUGUCUACACGCAGCGCGAGGAAACCCAGACCUCACGUAGCCGAGACUGUCGUGAUCGCGUCCACUUCGGGUGUGAUUCUGAAUAAGACUGAAGUGAUGGGGGUUGAAAGUGACACGUCUGAAAGUGAUAGUGUGCAGUUGAGAAACAAAGAUAUGGUUGCCGAGGCGAUACGGAGCUCCAAGGACUUACCCAAGAUCAGGAACAGGAUAUUUGAGGAAAGCAUGGAGAGUCAAGAACUAUCUUUUUAUAUUGAAGGUGAUAACAUUUAUAUCGCUUUCCCCUUCGUCGCAGUAAACAGAAGCGAAUGCAUAAAUCAACGUAUGCUGUACCAAUUAGGGUACUCUUAA